AUGGCAUCAAACGUCAGUCGUUUCGGUCAAUUAAUAUUUCGAACAAUACCAAAGCAGUCAAAACGAUGUCUCGUAACUGCACCUGCUGUUUCAAACGGUAUUCAGGUUAGGGAAGCAAUCCGGCAAGCUUUAGAUGAAGAAAUGGCUGCGGAUAAGCGAGUAUUCUUGUUGGGUGAAGAAGUGGCACAUUAUGAAGGCGCUUACAAGUGCUCAAAAGGUAUUAUGAAAAAGUAUGGUGAGAAACGAUGCUUUGAUACACCAAUUUCGGAAAUGGGUUUUGCUGGAAUGGCUUGUGGUGCAGCAUUUUUGGGUCUUCGUCCAGUUUGCGAAAUGAUGACUUUUAAUUUUUCAAUGCAAUGUAUUGAUCAUAUUAUUAAUAGUGCAGCGAAAACUUAUUACAUGUCAGCUGGUCGAGUAAAUGUACCAAUUGUCUUCCGUGGACCAAAUGGUCCAACACCUGGUGUAGCAGCCCAGCAUACACAAGAUUUUUCGUCAUGGUUCGCUUUCUGCCCUGGUUUAAAAGUUGUAAUACCGUAUAAUUCUGAAGAUGCAAAGGGACUUUUAAAAGCUGCUAUUCAAGAUGAUAAUCCAGUUGUAAUGCUGGAAGAUGAAAUUUUGUAUGGACAUACAUUCCCGGUGUCACCAGAAGUUCUUUCUUCGAAUUUUGUAAUUCCAAUUGGAAAAGCAAAAAUUGAAGUACCAGGCAAAGAUGUCACCAUUGUUUCGUAUGGUAAAUCGAUGGCCCAAGCUUUUGAUGGUACCGAAAAGUUAGCUAAGCUAGGCAUUAAUGCUGAGUUAAUAAAUUUACGAUCGCUUCGGCCAAUGGACAGUGAAUGCAUCAAGAAUUCUGUGAAGAAAACGCGUCGUUUAAUAACUGUUGAAGUUGGUUGGCCAUUCUGUAAUAUUGGAGCUGAAAUAAGUGCUCAA